AUGGCAGCUCGAGCAUCGAGACUGGCCCCUCUGCAUCGCCCGCCCCUCUGCCGCCGCCUGGCCACCACCACUUCUUCCUCCCCUCCACCGGCAAGCGACGCAGCCGGUCCUCUAGCGGGGAUUCGCAUCCUAGAAAUGGGCCAACUGAUCGCAGGCCCUUACUGCGGUCAACUCCUCGCCCAUUUCGGCGCCGAUGUCAUCAAGCUCGAGCCUCCCGGUGUAGGUGACCCGCUGCGCGUGUGGCGCGAGCUGGACCCGGAGGACGGGGUGAGCCCGUGGUUCCGCAGUCUGGCCAGGAACAAGAGGAGUGUUACGUGUGAUCUGAGGCAGGAGGAGGGGAGACGGAUUGCAAGACGAUUGGCCGAGGGGUGCGAUGUUUUGAUUGAGAACUUCAAACCAGGCACUCUCGAACGAUGGGGUCUCGGUCCCUCUGACCUGCAUCCUGUCAACCCGUCGCUCAUCUUCACUCGUAUAUCAGGGUACGGCCAGACGGGGCCCAUGCGCGAGGAGCCCGGAUUUGCGGCCGUAUGCGAAGGGUUUGGAGGGUUCCGCUUCGUCAACGGCGCGGUCGACUCCUCUGGCCAGCUCAGUGGCGCUCCUAUUCGCCCCAACAUCUCGCUCGGAGACUCCCUCGCCGGGCUGCACGCCGCCUUUGGCACCGUGAUGGCUUUGCUUGCGCGGGGCAAGGUCAAGCCAGGGGAGAAGAGCGGACAGACCGUCGAUGUAGCCAUCUAUGAGGCCGUCUUGUCGAUGAUGGAGGGCUUGAUCCCAGCGUAUUCGAGGACAGGCGCCAUUCGCGGUCCAUCCGGAGCUGGAGUCACGGGCAUCGUCCCCACCUCAGCCUUCCCAACCUCGGAGCCCUCUCAGCACGUUAUAAUCGGCGGAAACGGGGACAGCAUCUACGCACGCCUGAUGACGGCCAUCGGUCGGCAAGAUCUCGUCGGGGAACGCUACGCGAACAAUUCGGCUCGCGUCGCCCACCAGGCCGAGAUCGAAGGCGCAAUCAGCGAGUGGACCUCACGCUACACAGUCGACGAAGUCCUCGCUACCAUGCGCGAGGCCCGUGUCCCCGCAGGCAGGAUAAACGAUGUAGCCCACCUGGUUGCGGACCCUCAUGUCCAAGCGCGAGGGAUGGUGGAGCGUGUCCCCUUCUAUAGCGAGCGACUAGGCAAGGGGUGGGAGAUCGAUAUGCCUGGCGUUUCGCCCGUCUUGGAGCGAGGGGGUCAGGGGACGCGUUGGGCUGGAAAGGAUCUGGGAGAGGAUAAUGAGGCGAUGUUGGGCGGGGAGUUGGGGGUGAGUCAAGAGGAGAUGCAGGCGCUUAGGGAGAAGGGAGUCAUCUAG